AUGAAGGCUUCAAAAAUUCUUUCAGGUCGUAAAAAUCGUAGAAUCCAUAAUCCAUUCAAAAGACGCAACAAUUGCAAACAAUACAAAAAAGAAAAACGUAAUUCACAACAAUCAAAUAGUAGCAGUUCAUACAAACAAAGUUUUGUCGGUUUCAAACUUUGGGUUAGAUUAACUUGGGUUAAAGUUGGCAGAACAUUUCGUUGA